AUGCAGUCGUCGGUGGCUACCCUCAUGGACGAUGUCACCGACCCCUCCGACUGGAAAGACGGCUUUGCCCUUCUUAGAAACCUCGAUGCGUCGUUACGAUGCGAUCUUUGCUUUGACAUCUACACCUCGCCCGUAUCGAUCAAGAGCUGCCACCACACGUUUUGCUCCACCUGCAUCCGCACACACAUCAACCAGUCCGGCAACAGCGGCAGCUUCUGUCCCAAGUGCAGGCAGACCAAGGCGUACGAUUCCGAAUUGAUACCGCAGCCCGUCCUAGAGGUCACUGCGCUCGAGUGGAAGAGAUCACGUUCUUUCCUGGCUCGGCUACAGUCGGAGCAAAAGGCUCGUCAGAUCUCGUCGCCUCCACCAAUAGCGUCUUCGUCCAAACGUGCGCAGCUGGAUCACGUUGUCGUCGACGAUGGUGCCUCCUCGCCGAGCGCUGCAAGUCCACCACGCAGGUCCAAGCGCAUCAAGACCGAUGUUUCCACGUCGGCAGUUGAACAAAACACAGGCUCGCGCUCUUCCCCCCUCACCAUCCCGGACGACGAUGACGACUUCAUCCACGCCACCGACGACGACAAGGACGACAACGAGCGCGAUGACGACUACGUCGAUGCAGCAGCAAGUGCCCGCGCCUCGCCCUCCAAACGACGCAGUCACAGCGCCAGGGAAGAUCCACCGCCAAAGUCCUCGGAUCGAGAACUCAAAGCGGACGAUCUGGUCCAGUGUCCCAUCUGCAGCCACAAGUUCACCGUCUCGGCCUUGAACCGUCAUCUCGACUCUGCAAGCUGCUACCCCGGUUUUCCAGAACCAUCACCGGAAGAGCGUGGUCUAGCAUCGAAACCCGCCAAACCCGCCUCGUCCUGGUUCACCAAACCCAGCAUCACCUCUUCGUCCUCCCUCUCCACCACCAUCGCCGGCUCGGAUACCGCGAACGAGAAACGACUCCAUCGACCGCAGUACAACCUCAAGUCCGACCGCGAUCUGCGCAAGCUGCUCGACGAUGCAGGUCUCCCCACCUCGGGCGAUCGAGAAAAGCUGGUGGAACGUCAUCGUCAAUGGAUCAACCUCUGGAACGCCAAUCUGGAUUCGACGAAAGCGAGGCGCAGCGCGGGGCAGUUGAGAAGGGAGCUCGCCGCGUGGGAACGCACAAAAUCGUCAGCGAAGGAUCACUCGGCCGUAGUGGAUAGGCAGAAGGGCAGCUGGGUCAAGUCGAACAAGUCGCACUUCGACGAGUUGAUCGCAAAGGCCAGAGCGGGCGUGGAGAAGGAUAGGCGGUUGAGAGAGGCACCAGACGAUGGAGCGGAGAGGAAUGCGGUUGAUGAGAGUGAGGAUCAAAGGCCGAAUGUGAUCAUCGACAGUCCGGCGGUGAAGGAUGUAGCAGAGGAACCUGCGGUAGAACCGCAAGUGCUCGAGUCCGAAUCGUAG